GUUGCUUAGUCAGUUGGUCAGCAGCAAUCCUAACAAGCUAACGUCAUGGGAAAAUUAACGCUUUACGGCUUCGAUGCCAGUCCGCCAGUGCGUGCCGUCAAACUGACACUGGCUGCCCUUCAAGUGCCCUUUGAAUAUGUUAUCGUGAACCCCUUAAAAAAGGAACAACUAUCCGAGGAAUAUUUGAAGAAGAAUCCCCAACACACAAUUCCAUUGCUAGAGGAUGAUGGAAAGUGCAUUUGGGAUUCACAUGCAAUUAUUUGCUAUUUGGCCAGCAAAUAUGGAAAGGACGACACAAUGUAUCCCAAGGAUUUCUAUAGACGUGGCAUUGUGGAUCAACGCCUUCACUAUGACUCCAGUACAAUGUUCACUGGAACUCUGCUAAGCAUUACAAAGCCCCUAAUCUUCUCGGGAGUAACUAGCAUUGUAAAGUCCAAGAUCGAUGCUGUUGCCGAGGUCUACGAUUUAGUGGAGAUUUUCCUAGGCGAUAACGAUUAUAUUGCUGGUACUGAGCUGACCAUAGCCGACUUUAGCUUUGUUACCACAAUGUGUUGUUUAAAGAUUUUCCUCGAGCCGCAGCCAAACAAGUAUCCAAAGAUUGUCGCCUGGCUGGAACGACUCAAGAAGUUGCCAUACUAUGAGGAAGCCAAUGGAAAUGGAGCUGCACAGCUGGAAACUUUGCUUAAAUCAAAGAACUUUACAAUUGAAUCUAAUUAAAAUUUGUUUUAGCAUACCAAUUACAUAAAUA